AUGCCAAUAUGUUACGAAUAGGAAUAAGUCAUAAUCUAAUAAGGAUCUCAAUAUACUAUUUGUAAUUUAUAUAGUAAAAUCAAGUUAACUCAAUAAAUAUUGGAAAAAUAACGAUCAGGUUAAAUAUCAAUGGAUGACAAUUUGUUGUUCUCGCAUUUCUACUAAAGACAUCCAUUUAUUACUAGUCUCAACUAAAGUGCAGAAACAAAUUUAUUAUCAGAAUACAUACCUUAUAUCAAAUACGUUGAAAUAGAUUAAAAUACUAUUGUGAUAUAGAAUGGAGAAUACGGUGAUCUAUUUUAUGGUUUGAUAUAAGGGAAAAUCAAUGUCAACGAUUUAUGCUUUGGUAUUGAAGCCUUAAAUUAAAUGGCUUACGUUUAAGAUGUGCAAACAGUUGAGAAAUCAAAGUUUCUGAUAAUCAGUAGAUAGAACUUUUAGGAAGCUUUACAGAAGGCAAAAUUCAAGGAAAGAAACAAUCUUAUCGAAUUUAUGAAGGAAUCCUAAAUUUUUUAGAGGAUGUCCAAAAGAACGAUUGCAUCGUUUAUAAAUUUAUUUACUUUGGUGUAUUUCCGAAAGAAUCAGAUAAUUUAUAGAGAGGGAGAGCAGGCGGAUUAUGUUUACAUGAUAAGAGAGGGAGAAUUUGAGUUGAGUAAAUAGUUCGAUAUUCAGAACAAACACAAAUCAAUGCCAAUCAGUACGAUAGGGAAGCCUGAACUAUUCGGAGAUUUGGAUUGUUUGAUGAACACGAGUAGACAAUACACAGCGAGGUGUAAAGAGCAGGCUUAUUGUUAUAAGAUUUCAAAUUCAGUAAUAAUAUGA